UCUAUUAACAAUCGUAUUUUCGUAUUGAAAUGUCAUUAAUUUCCAACGAAUAUUAUAUAUAAUAUAUAUGUUUAUUACGUAUAAAAUUUAAUUAUAAGAGAUGGCAUAUCUUAUCAAUUUUAAAACACUUCAGAUUACUUCGUGAAAAGUUUAACCUAUGCGAUUUUGGCUGCAGAUCGAAGUAUGGCUACAGUCGACGAUCGGUAAACCACGUUCACACGUAUAGCUCCGGUAUUUGUUUUAUAUACGCUGUCUAUCGGCAUUUUAGUCGAUAAAUAUAUUUAGCGACGUGCGCACGAGCAAUCCCUAUUUUUUAUUUACGCAUUAUUUCACGAAGCGAACGAUUUUCACGGCAGAUCGACGAUGAAAUAUAGAGAAACAUGGUAUCGUUGCUUUCAAGAUUAAUCGCCAAUACUAAAACUUUCCAAGACGUCAAACUUUUUCGUAGUAUCGAAAAACUUCGAUAUUUGCAAUCUCGUUUUAAUGCUUCGGAAAAGGAUACAGCAUGCAUUUGUCCUCCAACUUAUAUUACUCGUUUGGCAAUGCCUGUUGAUUAUGACAACGUAAUAAAUUUCAUGUGCCAGACAUACUUCAAAGAGGAACCAAGUAUAGUGAAUAUCGGGCUUUGUAGUGUAUCACCGACACCUUCCAUGGUAAAGAUCAUUCGAGAAAACCUUAGAAACGGCAUGACGAUAAUCGCGGAGAAUCCAUUUCAUUGCAUAAUCGGCGCUGUUAUAAAUAUUUGUUCGUGUCCGUGGGAACCAAAAAAACUUAUGGAAUACGCGAGAUGUUGCGAGGAAGAAGGUCUAGUCCGCGACCUGAUAGAGUUCUACGCUUACGAAUCUCGUAAACCAGAUGUCUGGAAUCGUUAUUGCGUUCACAAGGUGUUUGAGUGUAACUAUGUGGCUGUUGAUCCAGAAUAUCGUGGAAUGGGUAUAGCUAAGAAACUCAUCGAAGAGAGUUGGUAUCUUGCACGAGAUUGUAGUUAUCGAUUGUUCCGUAUCGACUGUUCUAACAGAUAUACAGCUAGAAUCGCAGAAGGUUUUGGAUGGACUAAAAUCUGCACGAUACCUUAUUGUCGAUACGUCAAGAAUGAUGAAAUGGUAUUCCAACAUAUACAAGAACCUCAUACGGAAAUCGAAGUUUAUAUCGAUCGUGUCAACUUUCUUAAAGCAUACCAUUUGCCAUAUAGAAAUUGUUACAAGUAAUCCUCUCGAAGAUAAACAAGAGAAAGAAAUAAUCUCUUUUAAAAAAUAAUCUAAGCUUCUUUAUUUACUGUCUCACUGAUUUAUUGUUUGCAAUAUUGUUUGUAAUAUUUCGAAAGAUAAACUUGUUCGCUAGGUAAGACGUGAUAAAUGUAUAUUUCCUGUAUUCUUGUCUACUAAUUUGAAAACGUGCUCUAUUCAUUUGAAGUAUUUAUAAAUCUAAGUAAAGGGUAAUUUAAUUGUAUUAAUCAAUAUUAAUUUGUUUUUGCAUAAUUCAAUAUGUAUACAGUCUUAGUACUUAGUACUUACAAUAAUAGCUACAUAUCUCUUUUAUUACCCUUAUUCUAUUUUAUUAAAUUAUCAUCAUUAUCCAUUCUUUCUCAAAAUCAUGACAUUUAUUCUACAGAAUGAAUUCUUAACGUAACGUACCUAGCAACGGAGAUUAAAAUUCAUCGAGAGAUGUUAUCGUAAAGUAUAUGUAAUAGGUGUUUAGAAUGAAUGAAACGCGUAAGUUUAAAAGUUAUACUUUUCGUCAGUAUCCAUGGUGAAUAAAUUCAAAAGGAUAUUUCGGCGCUCUCUUGGCUCGAAGAUAAAGUGGAAUUGUUGUGCCGUGAGCGAAAUACAUCGGGGUAAUGCGAAGUGCCCGCAAUAGUGGGGCUCUACGGGCGUGUUUACGAGAGGGUUGUUCGAGGGGGGUUGCUCGCAUGCAUCAUCGGUGCAACUAGAGAUAAAUUCUGUACGCGCUGUGCUCUAGUGUGUACGUCGUCUUUACUUUGGUCUUAACUAAAAUCCAUUAAAGCCAACGAUUUAUUACAAUACCCUUACCCUUCGUACGAUGUGUGUGCGCGUACUCGCUCAGGAGGCAGGCUAACGCUUCCUGGCCACCUUCAGACGCAGUUUAAACGCAAAUUAAUGACGUCGGGGUAAAUUCUGCGAGUAUACCUAUCUACGUACUUACCUAUGUAUCGGUUCUUUUCAUUUUUUAUUUCGUCAACUGUUUUGGAUUUAUAGAAGCAAGAGUAUGAGAAUGGUGUGAAUCGGACGUACCGUGUAACGUACGGAGAUUGUUUCUGACGUAUUUGUGGCUAAAAGAAA